AUUCUGCUCUUUCCCCAUUCCCCCCAUCAUCAGACAAGCAGAGUAGAGCAGGACAGAGAGAGACGUGAGCCAACAAGUGCAGAACAGAACAACUCCACAAAGAGAAGAGAGAGGAGGAUAGUUCCCUUUGCAAGGACAGAAAAAGAGAAGAUAAUCAAGCCUUUCAGAAAACACCAACAGGAGAAGAAAUAUGAGACUGCAACACAUUUAAAUCCUCUAACCUUCUUUACUUACCAACUGAGGACUUAUUUCUAGUCCCAUUAUAUGUUGGAACAGUUAGAUUUCUUUCUCAUUCUACAAGAGGCUACACACUGAUUGUAGAAAACAUUCACUGUGUAGUAUAACUUUUUGAAGAGAGAAGGAGAAAGUGGAAGAAGGAAAGAGAAAAGAAGGCUUUUUUGGAGCCAGGAUUUGAGAAGCAGGAGGCUACAGAGAUGGAGAUCAUUCCCGGGAGAGGAGCUUGUUCUGGGGCAGGCAUGGGGAGGUUACCUGGGUACCUGGUGUGUGUGCUGGUUCUCUGUGCCCUGGUGACAGGCUAUGCCAGCACAUGCCCUGCCCUGUGCACCUGCAGUGGCACCACAGUUGACUGCCAUGGGCUGGGCAUCAAAACCAUGCCCCGGAAUAUACCCCGCAACACAGAGAGAAUGGAACUGAAUGGGAAUAACCUCACACGCAUCACCAAGACGGACUUCUCUGGACUCAAGUACCUCCGCGUGCUGCAGCUGAUGGAGAAUCAGAUUGGAGCGAUAGAGCGUGGAGCGUUUGAUGACAUGAAGGAGCUGGAGAGACUGCGCCUGAAUAGAAACCAACUGCAGCACCUUCCAGAACUGCUGUUUCAGAAGAACCCUGCACUGUCACGUCUAGAUCUGAGUGAGAACAACAUCCAGUCCAUCACCAGAAAGGCUUUCAGAGGAGCUACAGACAUCAAGAUCCUUCAGUUGGAUAAGAACCACAUCAGCUGCAUCGAGGACGGAGCUUUCAGAGCACUGAGGAGCCUGGAAGUACUGACUCUGAACAACAACAACAUCAGCAGCAUCCCAGUCUCCAGCUUCAACCACAUGCCCAAACUACGCACCUUCCGUCUCCACUCCAACAACCUGCACUGUGACUGUCACCUGUCCUGGUUGGCCGAGUGGUUAAGACAAAGGCCUACGAUUGGUCUGUUCACCCAGUGCACUGCUCCAUCCCCGCUUAGAGGACUCAACGUGGCUGAGAUACAGAAACAUGAGUUUACCUGCUCAGGUCACUCAGAGAGCUCCGGCUUGCAGCCCUGCAGCCUAGGGGGAGGUACGUGCCCUGCCAUGUGUACCUGCAGUAACAACAUUGUGGACUGCAGAGGGAAAGGCCUCACAGCUAUACCAGCCAGCCUUCCUGACACCAUGGCAGAGAUUCGCCUGGAGCAGAAUGGGAUCAAGUCAGUCCCUCCCGGUGCCUUCUUUCCCUACAAGAAGCUGCGCAGGAUAGACCUGAGUAAUAACCAGAUAUCUGAAAUAGCUCCUGAUGCCUUCCAAGGCCUGAGAUCUCUCAACUCACUAGUCCUGUAUGGGAAUAAGAUUACGGAGCUUCCCAAAGGAGUGUUUGAUGGACUAUAUGCCCUGCAACUACUGUUGUUGAAUGCCAAUAAGAUCCACUGUGUUCGGGCCAAUGCCUUCACAGACCUGCAGAACCUCUCUCUUCUGUCUCUGUACGACAACAAGAUACAGACUGUGGCCAAGGGCACCUUCGCUUCUCUCAGAGCUAUACAGACGCUUCACCUGGCCCAGAACCCGUUUAUCUGUGACUGUAAUAUGAGGUGGCUGGCAGACUACCUGCGCUCCAACCCCAUAGAGACCAGCGGUGCCCGUUGUACCAGCCCCAGACGACUGGCCAACAAACGCAUCGGGCAGAUCAAGAGCAAGAAGUUCCGCUGCUCUGCCAAGGAACAAUACUUCAUCCCUGGCACCGAGGACACCCGUCUGAAUAAUGAGUGUAACAGUGAUCCAGUCUGUCCUCCUAAAUGUCGCUGUGAGUCCAACGUGGUGGACUGCUCCAACCUCCGAAUCAAAAAGAUACCAGAACACAUCCCUGCCUCUACCACUGAACUUCGUCUGAACAACAAUGAGAUCACUACACUGGAGGCUACAGGAGUCUUCAAGGCCCUCUCCCAGCUCAACAACAUUGACCUUAGCAACAAUAAGAUCACAGAGAUCGAGGAUGGGGCGUUUGAGGGGGCGGGAUCUGUCAACGAGCUCCAUCUUUCAGCCAAUCAGCUGGAUUCUGUCCGCAGCGGAAUGUUCAAGGGACUGGAGGGACUACGCAUGCUAAUGUUGAGGAACAACAAGAUCAGAUGUAUCCAUAACAACAGCUUCACCGGCCUGCACAACGUUCGCCUGUUGUCUCUCUAUGACAACCAGCUAACUACCAUCACCCCUGGAGCCUUCGACACCCUGCAGACACUGUCUACACUUAACCUGCUGGCUAACUCCUUCAACUGUGACUGUCGUCUGGCCUGGCUUGGUGAUUGGCUGAGAAGCAGAAAGAUCGUCACGGGCAAUCCUCGAUGCCAGCGCCCCGCCUUCCUCAAAGAGAUCCCACUACAGGACGUGGCCCUGCCUGACUUCCGCUGUGAAGAGGGAGUGGAGGAGAUGAGCUGUGUGCCCAGGCCUCAGUGUCCCAGUGAGUGUACAUGUCUGGAGACUGUGGUACGCUGCAGUAACAAUCACCUCCGUGCGCUGCCCAAAGGCAUCCCCAGAAACGUCACUGAAUUGUAUCUAGAUGGGAACCAGUUUGGCAUGGUGCCAAAGGAGCUUUCUACCUUUAAAUACCUCCAGUUAGUAGACCUUAGUAACAACAAGAUCAACUCUCUCACCAUCUCUUCAUUCUCCAACAUGAGUCAGCUCACGACACUGAUCCUGAGUUAUAACUCUCUGCGCUGCAUCCCCAGUCUGGCCUUUGGUGGACUGCGCUCCCUUCGACUACUGUCUCUCCAUGGCAACGAGAUCUCCGAGCUUCCUGACGGCAUCUUCAGUGAUGUGGCCUCUCUGUCUCACCUGGCUAUUGGUGCCAACCCCCUGUACUGUGACUGCCGUCUGCUCUGGCUGUCUGACUGGGUGAAGACGGGCUACAAGGAGCCAGGCAUCGCCCGCUGUGCCGGACCGACGGGCAUGGAGGGCAAGCUGCUGCUCACCACCCCUGCCAAGACGUUUGAGUGCCACGGUGAGGUGGACAGCGGCGUCCUGGCCAAGUGUAACCCAUGCCUGUCCAGCCCGUGUGUCAACCAAGGGAUCUGUCACAGUGAUCUGGCAGAGAUCUACAGGUGUAGCUGUCCUCCUCAAUUCAAGGGUAGAAACUGUGAGACUUCUCUGAACGCGUGUGUCAGUAACCCCUGUGUCAACGGGGGCACCUGCCAACUUGAUGAGGAGGAGGCAGCAUACAGCUGUGCCUGUCCCCUUGGCUUUGACGGCCCUACCUGCCUGACCAACAUAGAUGACUGUGAAGAUAAUGACUGUGGAAACGGAGCUGCCUGUAUAGAUGGAGUCAACCACUAUACCUGCCUCUGUCCACUGUACUACACAGGGGAGAUGUGUGAGGAGAUGGAGGAUGUGUGUGCUCCAGGGGUCAGUCCGUGUCAACACCAAUCUACCUGUCUCAUCACCUCUACUGGGCCCCAGUGUGUGUGUUCUCCGGGCUACGUGGGUGAUGACUGCAGUGUGGACUACGAUGACUGUGAGGAGAAUCGCUGUCUGAACAGAGCUCAGUGUGUCGACCAACUCAACGCAUACUCCUGCUCCUGCCCUGAUGGCUAUAGUGGUCAGUUGUGUGAGGUGCCCCCCUCCCCGCGGUCUCUGUGUGACCUGGCAGACUGCCAGAACGGUGCCCUGUGUGUGGAGCGGGCAGGCCGGGCACUGUGCCAGUGUCUCCCUGGGUUCGGAGGGCCUCGCUGUGAAAAGCUGGUCAGCGUUAACUUUGUAGACAGAGACUCCUACCUGCUGCUCUCUGACCUCAAGAACUGGCCCCAGGCUAACAUCACACUGCAGGUGUCGACAGCGGAGGAGAACGGUAUCCUGCUGUAUAAUGGAGACAAUGAUCACAUCGCUGUAGAGAUGUAUCAAGGUCACGUUAAGGUCAGCUACGACCCUGGCAGCCAGCCUGGACAUGCUAUCUACAGUACUGAGACAAUCAACGAUGGUCAGUUCCACACGGUGGAGCUGGUGACCUUUGACCAGAUGGUGAACCUGUCCAUCGACGGGGGUCUCCCCACCACCAUGGACAGCCUGGGGGGGGUCCGUCCCCUUAACAGGGAGGCUCCGCUAUACGUGGGGGGUAUGCCCGUGGACGUCCACUCGGCAGCCUUCCGGCUCUGGCAGAUCCAGAAUGGCUCCAGUUUCCACGGCUGCAUCCAGAACCUGUAUAUCAACAACGAGCUGCAGGACUUCACUAAGACCCAGAUGAAGCCGGGCGUGGUGCCAGGCUGUGAGCCCUGUAGGAAGAUCUACUGCCUGCAUGGUAUCUGCCAGCCGGACGGGCCACAGGGACCAGUCUGCCACUGCCAGCCAGGCUGGAGCGGACCACACUGUGACCAGCCUGCUGACAACCCAUGCCAGGGCAGCAAGUGUGUGCAUGGGAAGUGUAUUCCCCUGGACCUGCAGUCCUACCGCUGUGAGUGUGUGGAGGGUUACCGUGGUGCCCUGUGUAACCAGCAGGGGGAGCUGUUUAACCCCUGCCGCAGCCACAACUGUAAACAUGGACCCUGUCAGACGUCUGAUUCAGGAGACGCCUACUGUCACUGUGAGGCUGGAUACAGCGGAGAGCUCUGUGACGCAGAGUCAGAGUGUCGAGGGGAGCCUGUGAGGGACUUCUACCAGGUGCAGCGUGGAUACACCAUCUGCCAGACCACACGCAUGGUCUCCUGGGUAGAGUGCUCCGGCGCCUGCGACACGGGUGCCUGCUGCGCCAGCCAGCGAAUGAAACGUCGGAAAUACACCUUUGAGUGCAGCGACGGAAGAUCAUUCAGCGAGGAAGUGGAGAAGACCAUCAAGUGUGGCUGCGUGGGCUGUAUGUAGCACGCUUCACACAAACCUGCUAUUGCCACCGCCGCCGAACGCACCACAGAAAGAGAGAGAAGAAGAAGAAAUAAGAGAAAUAGUAUAAAGAAAUGUAUAUAAAAACCGCUAUGUAUUAUGGACAACAAUCUUUAUAAAAUAGGACAUUACCUCCUCUUUCUUUGGGUGUGUGACGUACAGAAACACAGAGGAAACACAACAACCAAACCAUUGUAUCUGCAACAUUGUUUCGAAAGGGUUCUAAAGAUGUGAAAGGUGUUGCAUUCAGAGCAAGGACUCAACCAACCCCUCAUAAACACAUGGUCUCAACCUCUGGCCUCUUGGACAUCAUCCAUUAGGUCCCAGAUAGCCUCAGCACCAUCUCUCAUCUUUUCUUCCUGAUGGCAGUGUGUGUAAUGUAGCGUCUGGCCUGGUCAGGGUGGCAGGAGGGAAGAGGUACAGAGAUAUUGAAAGAAAGAGAGGAGACUGGGGUUGGGCUGGAGUUGAGUUUGGUGAGGCAAGGGCUGGAGUUGGGCUGGAGCUGAGCAGAAGCUGGGCUGGAGUUGGGCUGGUGCUGAGCAGAAGCUGGGCUGGAGUUGGGCUGGAGUUGGGCUGGAGCUGAGCAGAAGCUGGGCUGGAGUUGGGCUGGAGCUGAGCAGAAGCUGGGCUGGAGUUGGGCUGGAGCUGAGCAGAAGCUGGGCUUGAGUUGGGCUGGAGCUGAGCAGAAGCUGGGUAGGGCUGGUAUAAGCUUGCCUGGGCUGAGUUGAGCCAAAUAAAGUCAGGCUUAGCUGGGCUGGGCCGGAUUGCAGUUGAGCUGUGCUGGGCUGAGCAGAGCUAGGGCUAGGUCGGGCUAUAGCUGGUCUAGUCCGAAGCUUAUUUGACUCCUGGAGUCUUUAGAACAAGAUAUGUCCAUUAUUUUCCUUAUUUAUAACACUACUGCACUGAAAAUCAGUGCCCUUCACAGUGCACAUACAUACACAUACACCCACCCACACAGUAGAGAAAGGCCUUGUGUGAGCAGAAAGAAACACACACAAACACACAUUUUCUGUCUGAGCAGAAAGGUCAUUUCAUUAGAAGCAAUACACAUUGUGAUGCAGGUUGACUCUCCAUUUCCCUACUGUAGGCUAUAAGCUAUAACCCCAUCUGGAGCAGGCAUUGCCCGUUGGAGACCCAUCUCCCAGCAUGCAUUGCCUCCGGAUGAUUUGCAUAAGCCCUCCCCCCUUUGAGCAGGAUGAUUAGGCCCCUCAAUGCCUUCAGUAUUAAACGUGUGCAAACUGUUGCAUGCAAGAAGUUUGCAAAUGAUUAUGUAGAGGUUUUUCUUAUCAUGAUGUAUAUUAUUACAGAAAAAAAGUGCAGAGUAUAAUUUUUUGUUGGUUUUGUUAUGUCUAAUUUCAAUGAUUUGUUUUGCAUUAUAUGUUGUUUUCUGAUGUAACCUAACUCCCUUUGCCCUCUCUUUAUACAAAAAUGCCUAACAGAUUCUAAUAUAUAUAUAUAUGUAUUUCAUUUUGGUAUAGUAUUUUUAUAUGUUAAAGAGUAAAUCUGUGUUUUCUGGAAGCUUCCAAUGGAACGGGCAGGACGGCAUUUGAUUGGUUCCAUAGCUGUUUUCAUUUGUUUAUUUCAAUUGCUCAAACAAGCUCGUUUGUAAUUGUCCAAAACAAGGUAGCGAAUGGUUGGCCUUGUUUUAUAGGAGGCAGUAUUUAUGUAAAAACACGUUUAAUAUUGUAUGUGUUGUCUUCCAUGUGAAUAUGACAUGUCAUUCAUUUAAAAGUCUGUCUGCUGUUUUGUUUGAUUUAUUUUCUCUUAAGACUUUUUCCUGUAGAGUAUAAAAGGCAUAAUAAUUGUUUUAGAUUUUCAAAAAUUAUUGGAAAAAAAGGAAUACAAAGUUACAAUAAAAACUAGUGUAACAAAAAGAAAAGCUGGAAGGUAUUUGUGACAGAGCUUGAACCCUCUGGCUCAGACAGAUUCCUCAUGGUCUGUUGGGCCCGAGUGGGUGGAGUUAAAAUGCAAAUGAGAGAGAUGCCCCUCCUGCUCUGAAAUACAUUUGUCCUGUAUUUGCCAUACCCUGAAAUAUAGUGAAAGGGUUUUGAUCAUCGUGUUGAUUUUGUUGAAGUGUUCGGUUGAAUUUCUGUCAUUUUAAAUUAGGGACAUUUUCCGUCGUAGAUAGAAGUAAUUAUAAGAUUCAAGUGAAACAGUCACAGUUGACUGAAACUUAUCUGCUGUAGGAAACUUACUUAUUGUGGAUGUGCACAAAGAUGGAGUCUACAUUUUACCUGCAUUAAGCACUAUUGAUGCUGCCAUCUUACCAUUGUACUGUGGUGGGGCCAUGGGUUGAAUGACAGCAAACUGUAGACCUACCAUCUUUCUGUACAUCUGCCAUCUUACCAUUGUACUGUGGCGGGGCCAUGGGUUGAAUGACAGCAAACUGUAGACCUACCAUCUUUCUGUACAUCUGCCAUCUUACCAUUGUACUGUGGUGGGGGCAUGGGUUGAAUGACAGCAAACUGUAGACCUACCAUCUUUCUGUACAUCUGCCAUCUUACCAUUGUACUGUGGUGGGGGCAUGGGUUGAAUGACAGCAAACUGUAGACCUACCAUCGUUCUGUACAUCUGCCAUCUUACCAUUGUACUGUGGUGGGGGCAUGGGUUGAAUGACAGCAAACUGUAGACCUGCCAUCUUUCUGUACAUCUGCCAUCUUACCAUUGUACUGUGGUGGGGGCAUGGGUUGAAUGACAGCAAACUGUAGACCUACCAUCUUUCUGUACAUCUGCCAUCUUACCAUUGUACUGUGGUGGGGGCAUGGGUUGAAUGACAGCAAACUGUAGACCUGCCAUCUUUCUGUACAUCUACAAUUGGAUCCACCUAUGAGUGUUUUGUCCAUUUUUACAUGUACAGUUAAAUCUCUCUACUAUGACAGGCUAUAGAACAAGCUACAGAGAUGAAAGAAGGUGCCAGUCGUAGUGUAGAACAGUCCAACCUGAAUGUUUAUAGAUAAAUAUGAACUGAGCUCACUCCUAAAGGGGUUCAGCCAUUAUCCUGUUUAGUUCCCAUUAUAAAAGGUACAUCACAUCCUCUGUGUUUUACAAGUGGGAGACCUACAGGACUGUGGAGUAGGAUAGAGACCUACAGGACUGUGGAGUAGGAUAGAGACCUACAGGACUGUGGAGUAGGAUAGAGACCUACAGGACUGUGGAGUAGGAUAGAGACCUACAGGACUGUGGAGUAGUGUAGGCUUAAUAGAAAUAAUUGAAAAUCAUUCAACUAAGUUAGAAUUUCUCUCAGCCUAAUCGAGGUGUAGAUUAUAUAUCACAUUCCAAUGUUCGAACUUGUAAACAAGGCUGCAUGGGAUUUCUCUUAAUGCGACUCCGUGCAGCCAAUAGAGCCCUACAGUGGAGGUGUCAUAAUACCUAUAAAACCUAGCCGUCAAACAGGGAAAUGGUUCCAAUCGUUUUUCGCAUAGGGAAUUUUCAAAGCACUUAAAAUAAGGUCUGUAUUUCGUGUAGGCAUACAGUAUCAUGGAGUGACGUUUUGACAACCAUGUUCAUCUCUCUAGGACAAGGUUCCUUUUAUCAAUAUAUUAGUCUCUAUUUACUCUCAAGAUCAAAAUGCUAAUUAGCAUCAAAGUAGACAUCAUGCAAGACUACAAAUCCCUGCAAGCUCCUGCACGUAAUCUCUGUUUGACACCUUUACUAACAGGCAUUGAGUCAAUUUAAAACUUGCACAAGACAGUUCACAGAAUUCUAAUUUUAAAGAAAUGUAGCCCAUUCAUUAAUUACUCAAUUUAGCUAACAAUAGACAGUAAAUCCACAGAUCCUUACCUUUGCCUCGACUUGGCAGGCUCAUCCAGAUCAUGGCAUUUGUAGUUCCUUAUGAUAGCCACAUUAGCAUUUCAUUUUUUUUUUGGG